AUGCCGCCGUGGAAAAGCCCAGGUCCCUUGAAGGCACCUUUGCAGCACACAAGGAGCAAUGAUGAGUCAAGUUAUUUUGGGCUGAACAAGCCCACCAGCUCGGAGGCGAUUUCCAAGACGCAGUAUACCGACAUCCAGCAAGAAGAGAUUAUGGUGUUGCAAGCCAUAUAUGGCGAUGAUUUCCAUGAGCAUAAGGCAGCAAAUACGGCCUGGCAGCGGUCUGAACCUUCUUUUGACAUACGCAUCAAAUCUCUACCUGACGAAGAUUUGAGCAUUACUCUUGGGGUGGUCUUUACGGCGACUUAUCCAAAGUCAGCCCCGCUUCUGAGUCUUAAAGAUGACGGCAACCUGGGUGAAUCAACCUUAUUCAAGGUGAAGAAGUUCAUUGAGACCAAGCCCAAGGUUCUCGCUGCGCAGCAGGACGUCGAGCCCAUGAUACACGAACUAGCCUUGGGAAUUCAAGAAAUCCUGGAUGCGGCUGCUCAAGCUAAGGCGCAAGGUUUGGUAUUGCCGUCUCUGGCUGAAGAACAAGCGCUUCAUGAAGCAGAGUUGGCCAGGCAAGUUGAGCAACAGCAGGCUGAGACUGAGCGAAAGAAAAUGGAGGCAACCGAAGAGGAGGAACGGCUCAUGCAGAACAUGAUCCAGGAAGAGCUGAAACGACAGCGCACCAAGGAAAAGGAGUCGAGGAAAAAGACCAAACAACAAACAAUGGCCAAGCAAUACUUAGAAGACUCGCAGGAGUCCGAGGUCAGCAAGGUCUUCUUUGAUCAACCAUGCCGCAUCACGGACUCCGCAGGGAACGAUCUUUUCUUCAAUACGGUUGUGGGCAAAACAGAGUAUCGUCAAGGAUUAGUCGCGACAACAUUCACGGUGCGACCAAUUCUGAUGAAUAGCCAAGACUGUCCAACGCUGGCACUCAAGGAGUUUGAGUUGCGCUUCGAUCUGAACCCAUCUUCGCAAUUCAAGAAGCAAUUGGUGUCUCUGGAAACCAAGCUCAACUCGGUCAAGAAGCUCGCGCACCGGAAUAUUCUUGAGUUGCUCGACUUUCGCAUUGAUCGAGACACUCGAGAUAAUGAGGCGUCGCCGGAUCGCAUCGUACGAGUGCUCACACCCCUAGCUGACAAAGGCCCACUUGACGAACUCCUGGACCUCACUGGCCAAAUAGCCAUUGGUAAAGUCCGCUCGUGGACCACAGAUCUUCUUUCUGCGUUGGGAUAUUUACAUAGCCAAGGCCUAAUCCACGAAGACAUUCACCCCGGUAAUAUUCUUCUGUUUAGAGAAGGAUCAGGACAUGUCGUACCCAAGCUGGCUGAUGCAUCAUACCAACGGGAGUUGCACGCAAUAUGCCGUAAAUCCCGAACCAUUUCAUCCUUGAACUCGGCAAGGUCUGCUUAUUGGCUCCCACCCGAGGUUGCCAACAACUCUGGCCCAGUCAAUCAAAAGACAGACAUUUGGGACUUUGGUGUUGUUUUCCUGCAAAUGAUCUUUGGGCUGGAUGUCUUUGAAAAGUAUCAGUCGCCUGCAGCGCUCAUGGAGACACUAUCCCUAUCUAGCUCUUUGCAGGAGCUCGUCGCGAAGUUCUUCAAGGCGGAUGCAAGUCGUCGGCCUCGAGCCCUGGACUUGCGAUCAAGCGAGUUCCUGGCUACCGAUGCACCUGUCCUCGCGGAAGACUCUUUCGACACAUUGUCUCCCUCUCAUUCUAUGAGUUCCCUCCUUCAUACAUUCAGAAGACGGCUAGAUUCUACUACUCUAGCGUCAUCUUAUUCUAGAUUUAGGAAUGAGUUUUACGAAGAAGGUCGCCUGGGCAAAGGUGGCUUCGGCGAAGUAGUCAAGGUCCGUAAGAAGAUCGAUGGUCAGACUUAUGCAAUCAAGAAGAUCACCCAGCGCGCCUCGAAAAGUCUCACCACGAUUCUGAAAGAAGUCUUGACACUAUCACAACUCAGCCAUCCUGCUAUCGUUCGAUAUUAUGAUGCCUGGACAGAGAGAGUUUCUGAUGUAUCUGAUACCGACGGUGAAACAUCCACCGAGGGGAUCAUCACUGAGGAGUCCGAAACAGGCUCCGAAGGAAUCGUCCAGUUUGGCACUAGUACUGGAGGCUUGGAUUUCAUGUCGUCGGCGAACGCUGGUAUCGAGUUUGGAUACGAGGAGUCCGACGACGACGACGACGACGACGACGAGGAGGAGGAGGAAGAGGAGGAGGAUGACGACGAAGAAGAAGAUGAGGACGAUGAAAAUGAGUCCGAGGACGAAGAAGGUGGUUCCAGCCUCUCAAUUGACUCCGUUGUGAGACAGCAGUUGCCUGCGGCGCCGAAACGCUUGCGAGGCCACACACAAAGCAGUUUUAGGAACGUAUUGUAUAUCCUCAUGGAAUACUGCGAGAAGAGGACUCUGCGGGACCUUAUCUUGCAAAACUUGUACGAGAACACAGACGAAAUUUGGCGUUUGUUUCGGGAGAUCCUAGAAGGGUUGGUUCACAUUCAUGGCCUGAACAACGUCGUCCACCGAGAUCUCAAACCCGAAAACAUAUUCAUCAGUCGCGGUACGGAUGGAGUGGCGCAUGCCAAGAUAGGCGACUUUGGACUGGCAACGAGCGGCUACAUCACCACGGUCAAUGGCGUACCAGCGCCUCCCGAGUCAAAUGAACUGAGUAACGUGGGGACUGCAACUUAUCUCGCCCCUGAGCUGGAGCAACCUGGUAGCCUGGACGAUGCCCGCAAAGUCGAUAUGUAUGCUCUUGGAAUCAUUUUCUUCGAGAUGUCCUACAAGCCCAUGCUGGGGCACGAGCGGUUCAAUGUCCUGAAAGAUCUCCGAGGAAAGCCACCCCGUCUUCCAGCCGACUUCAAGCCUCACGAUAAGGUACAAGUAGAUAUUGUGAUGUCACUAGUCACACAUAAUCCCAAGGAUCGUCCUUCGAGUUCAGAAUUGCUGCGCGGCGACAAGUUACCCAUACUCAUGGAGAGCGAAAGUAUACAGCGGGCCCUUGCAGACAUUUCCGAUCCUUCUUCUCCGCACUACUCCAAACUAGUGGCAUCUAUGUUCUCGAAAAGAAUAGACAAGUCGAAGGACUACGCGUGGGACAUGUCAGCACCAAAUCCAACGCCGACUGAACUCCUGUACCAAGGGGUUGUCAAGGACGAACUCAUAACCAUCUUUCGCCGCCACGGUGCCGUCGAAGCAAACAGGAAUCCUCUAUACCCGCUAUCCUCGCACUAUACUCAGAAUGUCGUUCAGUUGUUAGACCGAAAUGGCGGGAUCGUGCAGCUGCCGUACGACCUUAUGCUUGGCCAUGCCAGAAUCCUGGCGAAACAAUCUGGCUCAUCCGUUGUCACAAAAUCUUUCACAUUCGGCAGCAUCUAUCGAGACCGACAAAAUGGUAGUCAACCUCUGAUGUUUGGCGAAGUCGGCUUCGAUAUAGUCUCUACGGACACUUUGGACCUUGCAUUGAAGGAAGCCGAGGUGAUUAAAGUCCUGGACGAAAUAGUCGAUGCUUUCCCCUCUCUCACCCAAAUGUGCUUUCACGUUGGCCACUCCGACCUUCUACAGCUUAUAUUCGAUCUUUGUGAUGUGGACCUCAGUCUGCGGAAACAAGCAGCCGAUAUCCUUAGCAAACUCAACAUCCAUCACUGGGGCUGGCAGAAGAUUCGAGCCGAGCUGCGGCUUAUGGGGCUGUCAGUCACAAGCAUCGAUGAACUGCAGAGGUUUGAUUUUAGAGAUCUCCCCACGAAGGCCUUCUUGAGACUGAAAUCCUUGUUCGAGGGGAGCCGCGUGUACGAGAAGGCACAAUCCACGCUCGCCCACCUCAAGGAGGUCAUCACCUUUACGAAGCGUUUUGGAGUGCACAGCAAGAUUUAUAUAAACCCUCUCAGUAGCUUCAGAGAAGACUUCUUCCUUGGUGGAAUCCUUUUUCAGUGUGUCUACGAUAAGAAGUUCAGAGAUGUCUUCGCUGCCGGAGGCCGAUACGACAACUUGAUCAGAGAGCAUCGGCCUAAGAUUGGCAGUCAGUCUGAACAACGCCAUGCUGUAGGGUUCAGUCUAUCCUGGGAGAAGCUUGCCAGGAUACCAAAGACUACCGGAAAGGCGUUUCUGAAGAAAUCUGAAGAAGUCCAUAAUAUGUUUAACGCCAAGAGGUGCGAUAUCCUUGUUGCGAGCUUUGAUACGGGAAUGCUCCGUAGUGCCGGGGUGGAAAUCCUCCAGACGCUGUGGUUGCAUGAUAUCCGUGCAGAGUUAGCUCGCGACUCGCGGUCGCCUGAUGAUUUGAUGACGAGGAACCGAGACGAAUCAUAUUCAUGGAUCAUUAUUGUCAAACAAGACGGAGUCUUGAAAAUCAAGACCAUGGGUCGCAAAGACGUGGCAGAUGUCGAGGUGCCUACCACGCAACUCAUCUCUUGGUUGCGCGCUGAACUGCGCGAACGUGACCGCCAACUCACAGUGCGGCAAACGGACGCAAGCAGCACUGCAGCGGCUCUAGAGAAAGGCGUAAUCCCGCCUAACCCAGAACAAGAGGUCCGGAUCCUAGUCGGAAAUACACGGUCUAAAAAGUUCAACCGUCAUAUAGUGGUGGAACAGGCUCAAGUCAACGCGGCAGCUCUGUUGCAGAGCUUCCGCUAUGGACCCAUCGCUGCUGUGGAGGCAUCAGACAUUGUGCUGGAUCUCAUUGACGCCACAGCCUUGUCGGAUGCCGAGAGCUGGCGCAAGGCGGAGCAGUCGGUCAACAUGACGGAGCGCAAGUACAUGGGCGAGAUCCACGAUAUGUUGUUGACGUGGCGAAACAUGUCAGAGACGAAAGGUGGCAGCAGAUAUGCGUUUGUCUAUAACUUCAGGACGACUAAAUGCAUAUCCUAUGACCUGGGAGCUUGA